ACGAAUACCCCAGAGGCAUGACCUCCGUGUCCUCAGAGGGAAGCACGUCCACGCACCCCUUCUCGCACCGCGGGGCCCCCGGAGGCCCCUUCUGAUCCCCCCACACUCCGGGACCAAUAGAGACGCUGCACCUGUAUCCAGUGCGCCUGUCCCGUUUGGAAGAAAGUUGGCAGCGCAAUGGUUACGCUGCGUGCGUCUCAAGGGCAAAGGAAAGGAGGAAAGCGACCACAAUAACAAACGUGGAGCGCGCUGCACCUUUACGCGGCUCUUUCUGUCUCAACCCCCUGCUGCCGCCGCCGCGCCGCGCCGCUUCAGCCGCAGAUGCACUUCCACGUCAGAGGAGGAUCAGGAUUCUAAAGAGGGGGUUUAUUUAUAAGGAGGUAAUUUAAAAAAAAAAGAAGGUGGGGGGGAAAAAACCAAGCGGAGUGAUGAGUCUGGAGAGGAGACGUCACAUUUUCAUUUGGAGCGUCAGUGUGGUGAAACCGUGACCGAGUCAGAAAGGAGAGGAGAGGGAUACGCAGCUCUGUCCCUCUGCACGGCCGAUUCGCACCGGAUAAAACCUCCUGUUUCCUGGAUGCUGCGGGUAUAUUUAUUGUGUGUGAGCGUGUGCUUCUGAUAGACACGCCAGGAUUUACUGAUCGCUCCACGUUUCAGCGGGAAUCUGUAUAAUCCUUCCGUCACGCCACGCCGGCUUGGACACCACCACCCCCUCCACAUCAUCACCGGCUUCAAGGGAUCUGGAGCCAAACGACACUGAUUAAAAAAGAAAGAAAGAAACAAAAAAAAAAAACGGGCUUGAAUUUAAAGUUCAUUCAAUUUUGAAGACAAAGGCGCGGGUCUGCCGCUGUGCUUCCCAAGGUUAGACAUUUAAAACACACAGAGAGGCGCACUCCGUCUGACCUUAACUUACUUUGGGCUUGCAUUCGGACCGGAAACUGAUCCUGGGGGCAUGUUUCUGCUCUAAUUGAAGCCCAAAUGCAAGGAAGCAAAGUUGAUAUUCCGACCCCGAUGAUGCCACCCUGGGAGCGCUUUCAAGGAAGGGAGACUGGAGAAUGAAAGGGGGGGACAUCUGCCUCUACAGCCGGCGAAGAAAGACAACAACAAGCCGCCUUCUCGUUUUAUUUCCCUUAUUUUGGAUUGAACCGCAAAAAAAUACUUUCUAAAGUGCGCCUUGGGACUCCUUCACGAUGGGGAUUAUGCUUCAAGUUAUUCUAGGAAUGUUUCAGCUCCUGCUGCUCACCAGAAUACCGACCUUUCAAGCCAAGCUUGCUCACUGGCGGCCGGCAGACUCGCCCAGAUCCAGGGAAGGUCGGGAAGUGCGACGGUGGCUUGAGGUGUACUCCCGCAGCGGCUGCGAGCCUCGCGACACUCUGGUGGAGGUUUGGCGGGAGUUGCCGGGGGAGAUCCAUCAUCUCUUCGUCCCGUCCUGCGUUUCCGUGAAGCGAUGUGGCGGCUGCUGUGCGGAUGAGGCCUUGGAGUGUGUGCCAUCGCUUACACACACCCUCACCAUGGAGCUGAUGAGAACGUCCUUCAUGAAACACGAGCUCAUUGAGCUGCCCUUCGUAGAGCACAGCCAGUGCGAGUGCAGAUUGAAAGAACAGUUCCAGCCAACACCCACUGCCAGGCCCCAUUUGAAGCCAGCAGGGAAAGAGAAGAAAAAAGAGGGGAGGAAAUCCAGACAGAGGAAAACCGGAUCCAUCAGACCUGUAACACAUGCUCCUCUGAUUCCUCCUUCCACGUCCUCUCCUCCUCCAUCACCUCCUCCCACCACUCUACCUCCCCCUUCCUCUCCUUUCCUGAAGUCUCGGUGCCGCAUGUACAAUUCUCAGAUGAAGGAGCUCUCCACGAGAACCCAUGCUCCUGUGACUGUUCCAGCCACGCCUCCACCUCCUCCGUCACUUCUUCCCGUCACCCCAAGUCCCUCUCUGCCUCCUUCCCCGACAACUCGAUGCCGCCCCUGCAGAGGAAGAAAAUGGGCCCUGGAUGAGACGUCGUGUCAGUGCAGGUGCACCCUAAAAGCGAGGAGCUGCAGCCGAAAAAGCCAGACCGUCAACCCUCGUCGUUGCAAGUGUGAGGCGACGAGGACUUGAUCCGCCCGUUCGCUUGCUUCUUACCCCACCAAGUAUCUCUAGAUCCAUCACCCACUAUCAGCAUCUGUGCCACGGACAUCCCAGAUGCUCGGGCAUCCAGUAUCUCAACCUGAAGGAUGUGUUAUUAGAAGCACACACUAGAUCCCGUACUCGUGCGUCAUUACAUCCUAAAUGUGCUGUAGAUCUGUAUGUGUGCAAGCAUCUUUUCCACCUCGUUGCUUCUGUGGCAGAGCUUCGUGUACGUGCGCGUGUGUGUAUGUGUGUGUACGCACAUUUCGCUGUCAGAUGAAGCCGUUCGGACCAUCUCUGCCGAGUUGUUCCUUUGGAGACUGCAACUUAACUGCACAAGAGACCAGUGGAAACAACAGUGGGACCAGCAUGGACAAGUGUCCUUCGUGUUGACGUUUCAGUGGAAGGAAAGCUGCACACACUGAGACGGAUUCCAGGUUUGAAUCCAGACAGGAGGACUGGAGAAGCAGCAGCAUUGUGUUAGCGGUGGACAUGUGUACUUCGAGACGCACCAGAAGGUAACGGGACAUGCGCAUGAGACGGCACCCUGGUGUCUCCGGACCUAACAGAGGAGAAGAAUGCUGGGACGGCUGGUAUUUGUGUGGUCUGCUCGCUGAAAGACGCAGAUGGGUUAUCCCCGCACCCGUUUCACUCUCAUUCAAAGCGUAUGACCACGGGCUGGCUCUCCAAGCCGCUUUCCGGCAUUUGUUUAAUUUUGAGCCUUUUGUGUUCGUCUCCUCUCAGCUCCUCAAUUGAAAGGAGCCGCUUUGCCUCUCUUUGCCUCUCUUUUCGGCAGUGAGGAGAAUGACAAUAAUGAGGCCUGGCGGCUCUCCACCGCUUCACACACACACAAACAUUCCCACUUAUAAUACCAGGAACACAGACGACACGCUAAACGCAGACCUUCCCUCUGCUGCAGCACACAUGCAUCCGUAUCUGCACACAUACAUGCAGUGUGACAUGAAUGCAAGUAGCCAUAAGCCAUUUAUUUGCGCAAAUAUAUGUCAAUUGCGUCUCUGCGGUUUAAUGCAAAGACAGCACAUAUAGAGAGUAUUUUAUAACAUGCCACUCUUUUAUAUUUUAUUAUAAUUCUGCCAGGUUGAUUGCAGAGGUAAUGGAGAGUAUAUUUUGCAGGAUGUGUCUUUGUUUUGCUUGUGUUCAUCUUUAAUCCGCCUGCAUAAGGACUCACGCUGGGUGGCCCGCUGAUCCGAUACCCAAAUGUAUUGAAUUUAAACAGAGAGGGCUCACACGAGCCACAAAUGGGAGACUCUAUAGAUUUACAAUGUGUAAUUCAAACAAUCAGUGGGGUGGUGUUGUGUGCAAGCGCACAGAAACCAAGCAAAUAGCUGUCCCCGGUGCAGUGAAAGGAAAACAUAGCUAUUGUUGUUGCAUGUUAGAGCCCGGAUGUGGAGAGUAUUAUUCACCAGGAGCAUAACUUGUUUAUAUUCAGGCCGAAUCUCACGGUUUCACUCAGUGUUACUUUAUGACCGCUCGGCUGCAGCGUCGGGAAACAAUGAUUUACUUCUCGAGCAGCUUGUCAGUCAGUCAGCGUGUGGAGCCGAAUAAGAGGCAGGUCAGUGAGUUUAAAGCCCUUUUUUUUUUUUUUUACUCCCAUUCAGAGCCUGUCUGCUGUGCCAAAUUUGACUGCGAACAUUUUAGCCGUGACAUAUCAGGGGUUAGGGUUAGAAAACUGCUCAACAAUAGCUUGGAGACUCCACCAUUCACAUCUCAGUGUUCAUACAGUCCCGCUGAUUGAAGAAUGGUCACCCAGAAACAAGCUGCCAUCCACAGUGUGAAUUAUUUAUGUGUCACCCCCCCAAGCAGCAGAACUUCGUUUCGGUGGCUGCUGUGAUAAGCUUUGUAUUUAUACUCUCCUAAAAUGAGAUUAUGUUUUUAUUUCCAUGCUCAUUGUUCAGUGUUUAAUGCUGUCAAUCAAUGCUUCAAUCACUACC